AUGUGGCGUUUGAGCAAAGUUCGCCACAAAGCGCGUCUCCAUGACAACAGCUCAGAGCAGCUCCGGCUGAAGAGGCGCGAGCAGGAGAAAGCUCUGAGACAGGCACGUAAGGACAGACAGCUCUUCAGCAAGAGACUCCUGCUCAAUGAAGAUGACGAAGAGGAGCUGUACACAGAAGAACAGGAUGUGGUCAAAUUGUUCCAGCAUCUGCAGAGAUGUGGUCCAGAGAAAGAAGCCUCUCUGAAACAUUUGAGGAGAGCACUACGUCACCCAUCUGCUCAGAACACAUUCAUCAAGUUGGAGAACAGCAUGCAUCUGCUGGUGGGCCUGCUCUCUGGCUCUAGCUCAGAGUGCCGCCUCCAGGCCGUGUGCUGUCUUCAUGAACUGUCCCACGCUCCACAAAGCACGGUCUCCGCAGCCAUCCUCCCGGCCUCCUCGUACCUGCUCACCUACCUGUCAGGACAGAGCUCCAAGUUUACUGAGCUGUGCCUUUACACCUUGGGAAAUUUGUGCCCUGAAAAUGAUGUAAUAAAGGAGAAGCUACUCUCUCAGGGAAUAAUUCCAGCACUUGUAAAUUGUUUGGAGACUCAGAUGCAUAACCUGGCGUUAGUAGAAGCUGUUGGAUUCACACUUUCACAGCUUCUGCAAGGUUCAAAAGCUGCAGAGAAAAUUGCACCGAUCGUUCUGGGCUCGAGGUUGCCUUUGCUCUUGUGCUCAGUUCUCUCUCCAGACCCUGAGUUUGGUUUGGCUCCAGCGAUCGAAUGUGCCUGGUGUCUGCAUUACCUCAUAUGCAGCUGUGCUCCUGGUGAAUGCAGCAUCCUCUUGACUCAAGGAGCACUGUCUAAAUGUAGCUCCCUAUUGGUAUCAAUAGGUGGCACUGUUGGUGAAGAAAAGACGGAUGAAGAACUGGAAUUGCUGGUGUGGCCCCUGUUGCGUUGCGUGGGGAACCUGGUGUCGUCCUGCCCCGUGGAGCUGCUCCCUGGAGAAGUGCACGUCUGUCUCCCAGCAGCUUUGUGUUCUCUGCUUCACACUUAUCUGAAGACUCAGCCCGCUCUGGCCCGAGAGGCAGCCUGGGUCCUCAACAAUCUAACAGCUCACUCAGUUGACCUCUGCUCAACGUUGGUCACAUGUAACCUGCUGCCUGGCCUCAUCCAGCUUCUCCCUUUCUCUCACGGCAUCAACACAAUGAUUGUCCGGGUUCUUGCUAACGUGGCUCAUAAGAAGAAAUUUUAUGACCAGCUUGUGCAUGUGGGACUGCUGCCUGCUCUGUGUGCCACCCUCAAAAUGGCCGACACAGAAAUGGUCGUGUUGAGUCUGGAUGUGCUGUACAUGCUGUUCGAUGGAAACUCAAAGUUCGGAGAGGAGUUUGUAAAGCAAGGCGGACUUUCAACGCUCGAAGCCCUUCAAUAUAACCAUGAAGGAGAUCUACGUCACAGAGCACUUUACCUUCUGGAACACAGGCUGGAAUGUUACCUCUCUUAA